AUGUUAUCGUUGAUUCUUUUGGUCUUGGCAUUGGGUGAAUUUAAUGAUGCAAAAUCUAAAUUUGAUGAAAUAAAAAAAAUGCGAGAUGCCAUAAAAGGCUCAAGAUUUCGAGCAAAACAGUCAUUAAAUUCAAUAGAUGGAAGUGAAUUUGAUGGCUUGGAUGGUAUAAGAAUUAGGAUAGAAAAGCGAUCUCUCGAUGCAUUACAAGGUGAGGGAUUCGGGAUGGAGAAGAGAGCUCUCGAUGCACUGGAGGGUGAGGGAUUCGGGAUGAAGAAGAGAGCUCUCGAUGCACUGGAGGGUGAGGGAUUCGGGAUGAAGAAGAGAGCUCUCGAUGCACUGGAGGGUGAAGGAUUCGGGAUGAAGAAGAGAGCUCUCGAUGCACUGGAGGGUGAAGGGUUCGGGAUGAAGAAGAGAGCUCUCGAUGCACUGGAGGGUGAAGGGUUCGGGAUGAAGAAGAGAGCUCUCGAUGCAUUAGAAGGUGAGGGAUUCGGGAUGAAGAAGAGAGCUCUCGAUGCAUUGGAAGGAGAAGGAUUCGGGAUGAAGAAGAGAGCUCUCGAUGCAUUGGAAGGAGAAGGAUUCGGGAUGAAGAAGAGAGCUCUCGAUGCAUUGGAAGGAGAAGGAUUCGGGAUGAAGAAGAGCUCGAUGCAUUAA